AUGAUUGUGUGUUCAGUAUGCACUUCCCAUGGGGCAUCCAAACUUUUGUUCACUCAUCCUCGCAUGAUGUUUGACACUACUCAUGUCUCCGCCUUGGGCAACAAGAAGAAUGUACGCUACAGUUUUCAUCAAAUAAAAGGGCUUCAGCCUUCGGCUAUUCGUUGUGCUACGGCAUUUGUUCAUCAUCUUUCUGGUGUUUCCGUUUUCGCCUAUGGACUAUCCACGGGAUCCAUAAUAGUUGCCAGAGUUCCUGUCCUUGGUUCCUCCAUCACAGAAAACACGGAGGUUUUUGAGUUAUGUCAGGCGUCAAUGAUCCAAAAACUUUGGUGUGGCAUAACUCCAUUUUCAAGCAAAACUGACAAUGAUUCUGUCUCAUCACCUCUAGAUAUUUUAUCUCUGAGUUUGGGAUGUGAUGAGUAUCUCUUGGCGACCAUAUGCAAAGACCAUCGCCUGAGGUUAUGGGACCUUAAGCAUCGCAACUGCUUUGUCAUGUUAGAUCUGUUGGAGAUCUUGCCCAAAACUCAUGAUGUUGUUUUAUCAUCCGAUCAGUCCGUAUUACGCUCAAGCUUUGCACCGGGUUUAUGCCAUCGACUGUCUUCAUCUCCUGCAUCUGAUCAUGUUAUCAACUUGGUUGUGUACUUGUCUAUGUGUUUGUCCGCGUCGUCUAACAGUGUCAACCUGGAUUUUGCCUCUUCUGAAGAUGUUAACUCAAGUUAUUGGUGUUGGAUGCAAUUGGAUGUUGACAAAGCGUUAAACCGCAAUCGUGAUUGUUUACGUGUUCUGCAAGUUGAACCAUUAUUUCAGCAUUUAUUGAGAAAUGUAUCAAAUGAAAAUAGUGCACAAUUAUGGUCGUACAAAAGUAAUAUGAAUUCAUUACUGAAAAUGAGCAGACCCGAUGUUAGUGUUUUGGAUUUUGUGCCUUCCGAAAUAAAGCAGAAGUCAGAAACAGGAAGCGAUUCACGUGAAAACAGAAAAGGAUCCAAUAGUGCUCUAGGCGGCAUAUGGUGGAUAGCGCAUCAAACGAACACUGGGGAUACUGAUCUGGAUAGUAAUUAUUUUGUAAGGUGGACAGAAAUUAAAAACUCUGAGUGUGAUUCUAACAAGUACAAAAGAACCAUUUCAGCCUUUCCACCCGGUGUCAAUCUCUUACAACCUUUACCUAACUGGCACAGAAUUCCUGAGUAUUUAAUGCAAUUAUCGAGUCAGGAGCGAACGGACAGUCUAUGGGAAGAAACAAGUGUUGAUGCUCAGUUACAAAUAUUUUUGGACUAUCUUUUCCAUCCAGGUUGUUUAUCUUGGUUCGCCAUUACGAAUGCGUUCAAAUCACUUUGUGAAAGUUAUGCGCUUCCGGAUUGUGAUUUGGUCUCAACUGCCAGUAACCUGCAUGAAAUGCGUGUUUGUGUACAUCGUACUUUAGUGGACAAGGUUAUUCCGAAGCUGGACCGAGAUGGUAUAGGAACAAUGUUCAAGACAUUUUAUUCAACAGCUAUUGAUUAUCAUGAGCAUGGUUUGCAACCGCUUGGUUUACUACGUAUUCAUACCAAAACAGCUAGUACAUCAUCUGGACAGACUAUGUUUCCCUGCGAAGAUACUGUUGUUGUCAUUCGUCGAUGGGGAUUUUCUAUCUUACGCCAACUACAAGACGUGGAAAUCCUGUUAUGGAACAACAUACCUCCUGUUGUUGGACGCCUACAGUCAUCUUAUUCAAAAACGAAUACACAAGCUAUCAUUGAUUUAACUACAGACUGCAGAAAAAUUCUCCAUGUUCUUAAUGAACAACCUAACUGGCCGAAAUGGGAAAGUUGUCUUUUUGACCAUAUCAAGUCUGAUUUAAGUCCAUUGUUACUAGUGGAACAAGUAAUUGAGCAACUUGAUCAAAUCAAUGAGUGUUGGUUACCACCGCCUAUCUCUUCAUCUGUGAAAUUCAUGAGUCCGUUUUGUACUGGUUCCCUUUCGAGUUCACAACUCUCUGCUGUCACCUGCCUAAUAUCACUUCUAGAUAGCUAUGGUACUAUGGAGAAGAGUGUUCAAUCGUUACAAAGUCUUUUUGAUAUGGAUGCUAGUUCAACAUGUUACGACAUGGAAAUAACCAGUCAGUCUUGGCUUAAUAACAACAGUAGGUUUAGUGGAGAAAGAAAUUCAUUCAAUCCAUUGAACAGACGAUCAUUAUUGAGUGAUGGUGGUUGUAGUAAAUUUAUUGAAAGUUUGUCUAACUCAAGUGUUGAAUUUCUACGUCAGUCGUGUUGUGAAAGUACAGAAACUCGUAUUCUUUUUACCUUCGCUCUUCUCAUUUUAAUUCGACGUAAUGAACUUGCAUCGAAUGGUUUGGUUAUGGUAUGUGACAGAACUGAUAAUAGUAACAUUGAUGAUAAGGAUGAUGAUAUUGAAGAGAAAGAUAUAAAUAUCAACUGGCAUAGUACUGCAAAAUGGAGACUUGUAUCAUUGAUUCGAAGUCUUGGAUUUCUUCGUACCCUAACAGUGAUUCGUGUACGGCCUACACCUGAUAUGGAUAAAUUAUCCAUUAUUAGAGAUCAUCUGAAUGCUCUUGGGAUUCAUGAUCUUUCGCUUUCUGCAAAACAAUUAGAUACAAGCUUUAAACAUUCAUCUUCUCCGCACUCUCCGGUUAUCAUCAGUCAAACACCUGGUAUGACCAUUUUCGAACAGAUAUGGUUUAAUUGGGAUUGGUUGAAGUUAUGUUAUUCGAAGACGUGUACCUUUCCUUCUUCUUCUGAUUGGCUUGAAUUUAGUCAUCAUAUUUUGUUAGAGUUCUCAAAAUUACUAGUGCCUACAACAGAUGGUGGACAGGGAAUUGUGUUUGUGUUUUGGAUGCUUCUAUGGUGUGGACACCCCAGUGAAUUGGUCAAGUUGUGUAUGCUUCUGCUACCACCUGAAGAUGUUUUCUCUAAACAAAGAGAUAUUGAGGAUCAAGACAGAAUUCUUCGAGAACCAUUCACUGACCUAGAAGCUGUCAAGAUCGCUGGAGAAUGUGAUUCAUGGACAUCACAAGCUGCUGAUAGUGAUGGAGAUAGUCGUAGAAUUUCUUGGUGGUGGGAGAAAGAUUUCAGUUUUAUUCAUCUGUGCAUUGGUUUAGCGAAGUUGUGGUUAGGAGAACCUGUACCAGCUAAAAAACAUUUCAUUAUUGCAACAAAUUGGCUAUAUCGUUAUACUCAGUUAUUCAUAAAUAACUUAUUGGAAUCAAGUCAACCUACAUCACCAUUAUUAUCGAUAACAGCAGUAUCUUCAGUAAACCAGGUUCCAAAACUGUUAAUUCCGAUUUUAUUCCCAAGAGAAUUUACUCUGCCAAAAUUGUUUUGUCUAAACAGAACAAGUGGUUGCACUGGUGCGGUAUCAGCUCAUUCACUUUCUCCAGAUGAAGUGCAAAUUCGUUUCUUGAUGAAGUUAAUGUCUAUUUUCGAAGUGUCCAAUUAUGUGACAGAGGUCCUUGAUUUAGCGGAGUUUUGUUUAAAUCGCUUGGCUGAAUCAUCACAAAAUUUGGCCAGUUUGUUAGAAAAUUGUUCAGAUCAAGGAAGUGUCAUCAAAUCAUCUCGUCGUUUAGCUUCAGUAUUAGCCAGCUUGCGUGGAAUAAUCGAAAACGAUGAUGUGAAUGGCUUCUUGUGUGAAUCAAAUAAACUGACAAAUUUCGUAGAGUAUGGCAUUGGUAGUACCGCUGACGAAGCUCAGUCAGGAAUUCGCGCACGUUUGGCUGAUUUAGAAGCUGCUCUAUGGACACGGAUGUUUAAGCAUGAACUGGCUCUCGGACAUUAUACUAAAGCUUAUAUGAUUCUGCGAAGUAAUCCAGAUGUUGCUAGACGUCGAGAUUGUUUACGUCAGUUAGUGGUCACUGUGUGCGAUCGAGGUGAAGCAUCCAAGUUAGUUUCCUUCCACUACGGACCAAUGGAGAAUGAGUUCCUUGCUAUUUUGGAAGCAAAAGCCCGUGCUACUGAUGUUGUUAUACUGCCCGAUGCAUCGAAUGAAAAAUGCACCUUUCCUGGUUCAAAUCCCUACUAUGAUGUCUUAUAUUCCUACCACAUUCAUCGAGCUGAUUAUCGUGCAGCUGCUUCGGUGAUGUUUGAACAUUCCUGCCGAUUAAUAGAGGACACUAUGCUGGCUGCAUCCCGAGUAAAUAGUUUCCGUUCUGGUGGUGCGCGUAUUUUAGUUGGAUUACAACGUCAAGCUGCAUGUCUUGCUGCUGCUAUAAAUGCACUUUAUUUAGUCCCCAAAGAUAACCAAUGGCUUGUUUCCGUUGGUUUCGCUCAUGAAGGUGUCGUUUUGGAUGAGAAUGUGGUGGAAACGGAAUCAGAAAGUCUGGAUCAUAACGAUGACUGGGCUUUCGCUAAUCCGGAUGACGUUGCGGUAGAUAUUAUCGAAGAAGAGGCUAAAAGUAAUGGCCAGCUAGUCGACAACUCACCUCAACAUGAGGUUACGAAACGUGGUGCUAUAAAUGAUUCAUCUCCACAGGAAAUUGGGAAGGAUAAGCGUAUACUUACACUGAAAGACUUAUUGAAUGUUUAUUCAUUAGCACGUGCGAGACUUCGACUUGCUCAAGCCUGUUGGGAACAAGGGAUGUUAAGAGCUGGAACUUUUUCACCGGAUGAAGUUGUUCAAGGGCUGUUGUCUGUUGCACUUUACGAUGAAGCCGUUCGUCUGUCCGAAUCCUACCAACUUGAUCCAACACCAAUCAUUUACAGUAUAAGUUUACGUUGUAGUGAACUUGCUCAAUGUGCAGCUCUCGGUGGGAGUUUCAAUACUGUGGACUUUUCACAAGCUGCAGUUGGUCAGGAACUUCAUCGAAAAGACAUGUAUAGUGUACAUCGUACUGUUUCUGGUGCCUCAACUGGCUAUAAUCAAUUUCCUAUACUACCAGGUUUAUCAAAUGAUUCAUCCCCUGUGGAACACGAAGUUGAUCUUGUCCAGCAAUCAUUAUCUAGUUUGGUUACAUUGAAUUUAGAUAAGAAUAAAAAUUGUGUGGUUGAUGGCUCAACUGAAAGAUCUGCCAACCUGAAAAGUGAUCUUCAUUGUUCUAACUAUAGUAAUUCUGCUCGAUGCAACUUGCCAGGGUUGUAUUGGCGUCUUCUAGAAGCAGUUCUAACACGUUUAGAUCCACCGUAUCCCAAUGAAAAACAAAUUGGAUUCAAAUCACAAUUUCAUGGACUCCUGCAUUUAGUCGCUUGUGAAAAUAUACUCAGUUCACGUCCUAAUCAAUUAUAUUUACCUGAGUGGUUAACUUCACGUCUGUUAUCGACAUCUUGCGCGACGGAACGAACUGUUAGCCUUUUAAGACUCUAUCUAAAGUAUAAUCGUUUGGAAACAGCUUAUCGUCUUGCAACGGAUAUGCUUGCAACAGCUGUGGGUAAUGGUGCAGAUCCUUCGUCUUUCGGUUUACGAUCUACACUACCCCAGUCAAUGAAAUUCAAUCAGGCUUUGUGUAACGUAAUACGAAAAAAGAAUAAAACCAUGUUAUCCGGUGCAAUGUAUCUUCCACAUACUCUAUUUGUACAGAUACUGAAUGCCUUAGAGAUGUUAUCGUCUCAGUCGAAGACAUUUAAAACUAUGCAUGAAAACCUACAAAUUGCUCUGAGGACCUAUUUUCUUACGUUACAACCAAUCUGCAGUAAAUUGAUGGAUGGUGAUUCGGAUAUGGAUAAGCAAUUUGGACAAAAACUGAUACCUCGUCAACAAUGUGCCUAA